ACUGUGCUCUGCUAAUCGGCGAUGGUUGGCUGAGAAAAAUUACCACGACUGAAAAAAAUACCUAACAUCGUUAGUGACUAAUGGUGAUACUCUGGACACUAGCCAAUGGUUUCGAUACAGCAAAGAGCGUUGCCGUCUCGGUCUGAACCUCAGUCUGGUUCUGAGUCUCUGGUUCUGGCUCAGUCUGAGUCUCAGUCUCAGUCACAAACUCAAACUCAAAAUCAAACUCAAACUCAAACUCAAACUUCACGAUCGACUAAUGCAAAGAAGUCAUCCACUCCAAAUGGUCCUCUUAAGCUCGUAAUACGUUUACUACCUCCAAGACUAACCGAGCAGGAGUUCAUCGCUCAACUGGCCGAAUAUUUCGAUCAAGACUACACUAAACUAAUAGACCAAAGUUACUAUGUGCAAGGAAACUAUCUGCAGAAUUCAUUAUUUGAAAUGCCCGAAUACUCUCGAGCUUACAUAUCAUUCAAGAACAAUGACGAUUUGGAAUCAUACCGUAAAUCCCUUAUAGAUAAACCCUUUACGGAAAGUGAAACUAAUGACUCCAUAAUCCCUGUAGUGGAGAGAUCAUUAUAUGAUAGGAUGCCUAGUCCAGUAAAAUCUUCUAGUGAAAAGUCAUUAGAGACUAAUGAGUUAUUCCAAGAAUUUUUGAAGUAUCAGGCUGGAGAAAUUAGUACAUUCAAUGUUGUUGAAAUCCAUAAAGCCCUUAAAAAGAAGAAGAGAAUCGAGCUCCGGAAGUCUGAUUCGAAGAAGGAGAAAUCACGCAAGAAAUCUGAAAAGGUGAAGUCUGAGGAUGAAAAGUCGGGAAGAGACAGAGCUAAGGAAUCUAAAGAUAAGAGUAAAGAGAAAUCCAAAGAAUCUAGGGAUAAGAGUAAGGAAAAAUCCAAGGAGAAGAGUAGGGAGAAAUCUAGAGACAAAUCUAGAGACAAAUCUAGAGAGAAAUCCAAAGAUAAGACUAAAGAUAAGACUAAAGAUAAGACUAAAGAUAAGUCUGACAAGCCUAAAGAAAAGGAGGAUAGACCUAAAGAUAAUUCUAAAGAUAAGACUAAGGACAAGUUGAAAGUAAAACCAAAAGAAUCCAAAGAGUCAAAAGUACCGAAAGAUUCAAAAGAUUCAAAAGUACCAAAAGAACUAAAAGAACGAAAAGUACUGCAAGAGUCAAAAGAGCCUAAACCAAAAGACUCUAAACCAAAAGACUCUAAACCAAAAGAACUUAAACAAAGAGAUAAUAGAGAGGUUACACCAAAUUCAGGUGACCCACAGGACAAAUCAAAGACUAAAGAACCCAAACGAUCCAGACCAAAGACACCAAGAGACAAAGACAAAGACAAACAGGACCCUGAUACCCUCAAGGACACUAAGCCCAAACAAAAGAUAAAAAUUAUGAGAAGACCACCGUCGACUCCUCCGUCUUAGUUUAGUUUUAGUAGUCUCACUACGCACUCCGUAAACGUAUAUAGUCGCACUGUAAUCUUUAAUACAUACCCACUGAACAUCAGUAUUCCGCAUCGGCUCAGUAAGUUUG